AUGGAAGGGUCAUCGGCGGGGGCUCCGCUGGCGCUUCUCGGGCCCGACGUGAAAUCUAGUGUCCCCGAGAGAGACUGCGAGAAAGCCGAUGCGGAAGACAUCGAGAGGAACGAGAUGGGAGCGUCUUCUCCCCCCGCGCGCUUCCCGCUCUCCCCUGCCUGUGCGCGACAGUCGGCUUGUGCGCCGCCCGUGUCUCUGCCGGAGCCGGUCCUCCGCCUUGUCCUUUCGCAGCAGAAAGCCGCGAGUCUCCUGGCCGCAGUGGAGACGCGAAUCGCAGGAGAUGUCGACGCCUGCUUGUCCGGCGAGGAGGCGCAGGAGAGCUUGACGCCGUUCUCCUCGCCGCACCGCCUGCUGGAAGAUUUUCUCAGGCGGCAUUUUGUCGAAAAGGAAGAGGCCCAGCAACGAGGGCCCGCACAAGACCAGAAUGACAGAUCAAGCGCUCAUCUCGCCUCUCCUCUUGCCCACGACGCCUUUUUCGCCUCUCUCUCUUCGCCUUUUCCGCCUCUCUCUCUCUCCUUCAAACGCCCGCUGCAGCCUUUGUUGCCACUGUCCCUCAAUCUGCGCACGGUUUUCCGCCGGCAACUGCCUCCCGACCUCGUCGCCUGUCUGCGGAGCGAGCGCGGGCCUUCCCCAGGUUCCGCCCCUCGCUACCAGGUGCUCGAGCCCCUCCAAACACUCUGCAUCUCUCGCGGAAACGAGGCCUUCCUUCUCGCCUGCCUCGUCGCCGAGUCGCCGUGUCUCCGCGUCGGUCCCCUCAGCGGCGACAUUCUCUCGGUGCACGUGUCGCCCGCGCCCGUUGGUUUGCUCUUUUCCGCGGCCUCGCACCUCCUCUUCUUCCUCACGCCUGCGCUCUUGCACGUCUACGCCGUCGUCCUCUUGCCCCGCGUCGCGCCCGGUGCGGACAGCCUGGGAAAGCCCCUCCUCGACAGAGACCAAGGCUCGCAUCCCGGCUCUGUCGUCCUCUCCGCCGAUGCCGGCACUCUCCCCCUCGUCCUCCCGACGUACGUUCACGCUGGGUCUGAUGCGGCGUCUCUCCCUGCGUCGCCAUCUUGGUCUGGCGGUUCGAGUGUGCGCUUCGUCCGCAGCGCGUUUCGGCUAGUGCCGCUCGAGUCGCUCUCGCUGCCGUUUCCCGAGACGCUGCGUUCGCGGUUUUCGCGGGCGACUCCGGGUGUCUCUCCAGAGACAGGAGCCGUCGGGCCGUCUCUUCUUUCGUCCACGCUCGACGGCGCCGUCUUCCUCUUCGCGCCAGACGCCGCCUCGGCCGCGGACGAGCCCAACGAGCGGCGGCGCGCGCGACCGCAGAGACUCGGAGACAUCUACCAGUUGCUCCUCCGGCCCGGACCGCCUGGUCGCCUGCAGUCCCCGGCGCGUCUGCGGCGCCUGCCGCUCUCUCUCGCGGGCGCGGGCGCGCUCUGUCCGGUCUGCGGGCAAUCCGCGCAAGCAAGGAGCGGGAAAGGCGUCUCGCCCCUCGACGCGCCGCCUCCACACACGCGCGGCGCGGCCGGCGUGAAGCUGCUCAGGUGCUUCCCCGCGAGGCUCCUCGCCGUCGUCGACUCUCAGGACGGGGUGUACGUCUACCGGCUCGUCGCCGACUCGAGAAGAUGCGCAGCGCACAGACGCAGCGGCGCCUGUGGCCAGGGAGACGCAGCAGACAGAGCAGAGGACGGCGAAGGCGCAGACUCAGGGGCGGGGCCCGUAGGCCAAACUGGGCAGACGUGGUGGGUCCGAUCUCUCCUCCGGUCGGCCAGCUUCGCCAACACAUACCGAGAAGAAGGAGCGGACGAGGAGAACGACAGCGAGGACGAGACCAGCUCGUGGCAGGGAUGGGGCGUCGGAGGCGUGGUCGGCUCGGUUUCUCGAAAAAUCCGAAGGCUGCUGGCUCGGCGGUCGUCGUCGCCUUCGCCUCUUCCUUGCUCUUCGCUCUUCCCCCCUCCCUCGGCGCUCCCGCUCAGUCGUCUCUCUUCUGCCCUCGCAGGCCCCGGCGCGUCUGGAGGGCUGCCCCGCUCAAAUUCCCUUUUCAGUGACUCGCCAAGAGACCAAGAUGAAGUCGCGAAUGAAGAUUCUUCAUCCUGUGUCGCGGCUGUCUCCCGAGAGGCCUAUUUGGAGGCGGUGGUCAACACGCUCGGAGAGACGUCUUCGCAGACGUCUGGCCCGUGGAGCUCAACUAGCGCCCGUUACGGGGUCGACAGUCGCGACCGUGUCUCCUCCGCGGUCGUCGUCAAGGGCCUCGAGUGCGUCGCCUAUAUGCCUGCAGAGGUCUGGCGCGCGCGCCUCGUCUUCUCUCGGGCCAAAUCUGCGGCGCACGUGAAAGCGAGGGGCGGAGACACUACGGGGCCAAAACGCGGCCAACAGCAGAAAGGCGGAAGAGACUUCUUUUCCUCCCUUUUGGCCGCGAACUCUGGAGAGACGCGACCCACGGGAGAGACCCAGUUGCGCGCCGCGGCAACCGGAGACCGCAAACAAGAGCGCGUACACGCGCGAGAAGCUUGCGAAGAUCUCCUUCUCUCGGUCGUUGACAUCAUUCCCGCACUUACCGUCGGGCCGUACCCCACUGCCACGCUAGUCACAGCCAGAGGAGACCGAGUCGUGCUUCGUCUGCGCCCUUCUCUGUCCUGUUGUGGCUGUGAGCCUCGACAUGAGAUGGGCGCUGAGCGAGACCUCUCGGGACACCCGCUUUCUCUCUCGGUCUCCUCCGUUCUCCCUUCUCCCUUCUUCUCCGCUGUUUCCUGCCCCUUGAGUCGACUCUCAUCCACUCUGUCUUCGGCUCUUUGUCCAUUCUACGGAGACGCCGCUUGUUCGUUUGGAGCGCCUUCCUCUGGGCAUCUGCCUGAGACGCCUGCGCGGUGCUCGUACUACAGCAACGGCUUGAGUUUGUUUGCGCCGUCUCCGACGCUCUCGCGCCUCUUCGAAGCUCGGAAUGAGGUGAAAUCUGAAGAAUGCGGCGCCUCUUCCGCAUUUGUCUCUCUCCGUGUCUCUCUCCCCUCCGCUGCGGCUUCGUCCCCCUUCUUCCUUUCCUCCUGCCUGCCUCUCCAGCUGCCCUCGCCGCCUCUGGCUGCAGGAGAGUUUCCUGUCUUCUUCGCCUCGACUGACUCCUCGCCGUCCUUCUCUCUCCCCCCCACCGAUGGCCUUCCGCCCGCUCUCGACUUCUCGCCCAACGUCUCGCCUUUCGGCGAUUCUUCCUUCUCUUCUGCCCCGUCGCCGUCCGAAGCCGCGCUGGUCCGGCGGCAUUUGGUCAUUGUCUGCGCGACGGAAAUCUUCCUCAUUUCUGUCGACCGCUGCCGAGCCUGCUUGGCCCCGGCCGGCGCCGAGCCCCUGGCGGACGCCUCGAUCUUUACGCACCCGCCCUCGCCCCGGUCCACCGCCGCGCUCGACGCUAGUUGGGCUCUGGAGACCUGCACGGCUUCGGGCGCAGCCGCGGCUGCCGCGGCGCGGGCCCGGGCCCUCGCCUCCGCGACCGCCGUCCUGGAGGCCGCAGAGCCCUGGGUGCGUGCGGGCCCGGUAGGCCCGCGCCUCGAGCGCCUGGCGCGGGAUCUUCUGCAGAACGCGUGCGUGCUGGCUGCGGCGCUUCCGCCUUCGCUGCCGGCGCCGAUCUGGAGCCCCUCGCUCUGGCAGUGUCUCUUCGAGGUCGCGAGUCAGCGCGAGGGCGCGCAGACGAGCGAGAACGCCGCUCUCGGCCUCUUCUUCUCGCUCUCCCCCGAGCCGCUCGGGACCACCCAGCAGGCGGCGCAGCCCGGGCUGCAGCCAGUCUUCUUCCUGCGCCGGCUCCACCUCUCGACGCCCACUGGGCGGCCUCGCCACGCGCAGUCGCGCCGCGCUCUCGGCAGCCCCCCUCAGCCUGACCGCGGACAGAUCGAGAGCGGAGAGAGGGAACCCGAUGCCGGAUCCGGAGAGGGCGAAGACGACGCCAGCCUCGGGUGGUGGACGGAAGAAGAACGCGAGGCGAGAGACGUGCGCCGCAGUGAAGCGCAGAUGGAGGCAGCGCCUUCGCCACGAGGUUCGGCAGCUAAGCGAGACGAGUCGCCAGACGAACAAGUCGCGCCGUGGCUCGAGGGCCUGGCAGCCAACGCGGUGCUUCUGCUCCGCCGCAUCGCCGACUGGCCCAUCUGCAUGCUCAACCCUUCACUUCUGGAUCCGAGCGUCUCCGGCUCGCUCCUGUCUCCGUCGUCUCCGACGUGCCCGUCGUCGCUUCCACCGAAACUCUACCCUGUCUCUGUUCGAUGGAAUGCCGCGUACUUGGCUACGGUGUACGAUCAGCUGAACGCAGUCCUUCGCUUCCUCUACCUGCAGUGUCUUCCCACCGCGAGUCUCUCCUUCAUUGCGGCGCUCCUCGCGUCGCCGCUCUCGCCGGCUGCUCUGCUGCGCCUGCCGCCCUCGUCAACCUACAACGAGGGCGACGCAGCCGCGCGCGCGAGGAAGGCGUUGCUGGCCGUCUUGUCUCCAUCCGACGCGCCACAGUGCGCAGACGGGGCAGGGCGCGGGGAGCGGCGCAACUCGGUGAAGGCGCAGUACCGCAGACAGGAGAUGCUCUUGCUGGGCCUGACCUUGAGCCUUCUGAAGGCGCGCGAGAUCGUCUACCUCUUCCUCCUGGUCCACGAGUUCUCGCCCGCCCGCCAGCAACACUUUUGGUUUCGGCUCGCAGGCAACGCGAGUGAAGAGAGCGACGACGCGUCCUGGGAGUCUCACACGCCGCCUCUGUGCCUCCUUGCCAUGGAGUCUUUCUUCGUCACGGCCAUGGAGCAUUUCCUUGCUUCCACAAACCGUCCUUAUCCCGUGAUAGCCCUCCACUUCGCGCUGCGUCUUCUUUUCGCAUCGCUCCGGCUGGGUUCCCCCUCCUCUUCUCCCGCUUCGUCUUCUCUAGCUCGCCCAGAGAUGAUUGCGAGGGCCUUUGGAGAGGCGUUGGGUCGGGGGGCGGCGAAGGAGGCCGAGCGCAAGAGCGCGCGAGAGAAGGGCGAGGUUGCGACGCACUUUCCGUUGUUCCUGGCCCAGGCCUGGGCACAGUACCUCGUGUGCAUUCUCAACUAUGAAAUUCCGGAAGACGCUUUCUUCCAAGACGGGGAAGCCGGACGGCCAGAGGCGGAAGUGGAGACCUGCGAGCAGCGGGGCGAACGGGAGGAAAGAAAACGCGCUGCACUGGAGCAGCUGCAAUGGGCGGCUCUCGACCAGCUCUUCAGUGUCUAUACGCUUCAGCUCCCGCCGCUUCCCGACACGCCAGGGACGCCGACGGGCAGCGGAGAGACAGGAAACGGAGAGGAGACAGCGCGAACGGCGAGCAGCCGCGUUGCCGAAGCGCGUGCGUUCGGCGUCUUUGGGCCUUUUCUCCCCCCGGGAAACGAAUACGUUGUCUCGGCUCUCGAGCGUCUCGUUCGCCAGAGUCUGGACAGGGGUGUAUGUACACCUGAAAUUGCGAGCGGCGGGGGAGGGGGAAACCCGACGCACCAUACCUCGCCUGCGUCCCUCGCGCCUUCCUUCCCCUGGCCUUCUUCCUUUUCGCCGUUGUCUGCAUGCGACGACAUGGACGCAGACGCGUCGUGGCCUCGAGACGAGCCAGCGACGCUCACUCCCGCGGCGCUCCGAACCCUUCAGGUGUAUCUCCACCGCCGCUUCUUCCGGAGCGGCAGAGCCGCCCAAGGCGACGUGCUGCUUCGGCUGUACAGACACCAGGGGGCGCGCGUCGAGUCUGCUGCCGUCCUCUGUGCUCUCGGAACGCGCGCCGGAAAGCAAGGGGCCUUUCUCUCCGAGGACGAUGCGGGGACACGGAACGCGGCGGAGCUCGAAGCGACAACUGGACGAGACAGCGAAGUGCAACAGGACGCGUCUCGCCAAGAGGCGGACGCGUGUUCGCUUCUUCUUCCCAUCACCGUGAAAGCCGAAGCGUUGCGGUGGGCAUGCGCCACGCUCCAGGAGGAAAUCGAUCUCGCUCUCGCGCGCGAGAAAAACGGAACGGGGCUGCACAGAAGCGCCCCAGAUGAAGCAAGAGGAGGAGACACUUUUUGGCGCGCGCCACGCUUCCCAGCCGACAGGCUGCCGACAACCGAGGCUCUCCUGCAUCUCUUCGGACAGCUCUUCCGAACGGCAGAAGAGGUUGCUUUCUUGACGCGCGCAGGAGAGAUUGAAGAGGGGGAAGGUGACCACGGAGGGAACGCGAGAGAAGCACGGCGACGAGCGGCAAUCCGACAACUGAUGGUUGUCAGAAACGGGAUCCAAAAUCUCAGCGAGGCCCUCGAAGGCCUGCAGCUGCCUCUCUGGUGUCACCUGAAGAGCCGCCUCGAGAGUCAACAUGCUCGAUAUUUGCUCCAGUCUCAGCCCGCCGCCUGCAGCCUCUCCGCCGAGACAGACCCCGAUCUGCGGGUUUUCCCCUCCACCAUCGUUCCCCCCGUCUCCCUCCAAGGUGUAUGUACACUUGGCCAGCAGCUGGAGACUGUGCCCAAUCUGUUCCACGCGGCACAAAUGUUUUUCUGCGUCCCUCUCUCUCUCCGAGCUCUUCUCUUUGACUUCAGGCGACUCGUCUCGCUCACCUGCCUCUCCCUCCUCCCUCUGCCACGUCCUUCCUCUUCGUCUCCCGCUUCUCCUCUCGCAGGUCUGUCGGCAGACGCGGCGAACGACGGUCUGCGAGUGUGGAUGGGAGAGACCGGGGCACCCGAACGAGCGGAUGAAGGGCGGGAAGAGGCCGCAAUUCGCCUCCAGGGGGCGAUCGCGGCAUCUCCGCAAUUUCCAACCCUGCAGAAUGCAGCGGAGACAGUGCGCGAAACAGCCGAGGCAGUUCUCUUCGCCUUGGCUGCCCGACUCGCCGUCGCGCCUGACAGCUUCCACCAGCUAACCGCAACCCUCGACCUGACGAGUCCUGGUGUGAGUCGCUCGGAACGCGAGGAAACCCCCUCGCUGAUUGAGAAGGUUCUGGACGUCUGUAUGUACAGCUGGACCGCCGACUCCCCGGCGCUCUUCCCUUACGACUUUGUCUCCGUGUCUCCUCUCUUUCCUAUUUCGGAGGCCGGGAAUCUCGAGAUGCUGUGCUGUUUGGAGGCGGUGCAUGCGUUCUCGCGCUGCUUGGAGGCGCCAUGCAAACGCUCCGAACAAGUUGAUGUGUGUGCCAAUCUGCUGGUGGCCGAACGCUGGCUGCGGCUCUCGCCUUCCGCGUACGCCUCCGCGUUUCAGGUGUACUCCGAGCUUCUCCACGCGAGAAGUCGCCUGGAUGUUGCCUGCGAGGCAUUGCGUCAGGGUGUUGCGCGUCUCCUUCGCACGGAAAACUUCGCCGAAGCGCAUGCAGGAACGGCGGAUCUCUCUUCUGUCCAGCUUUCGUUCUCUGCUUCCGGUGUGGAGGCCGCUGUGACAGCUGGACUGUCUCCCGAAGCGUUGGAGGCACACAUCGUUUCCGUUAUGGUGUCUCUGGCGGCGCUGUGGGUGGAGGACGCAGCCCGAGAUAGGACGCAGGAAGAACGGGAGUCUUUUUGGUCUGAGGAAAUGCAUGCACUGGCCUUACAGACACUCGCGCCUUUCUUGCGAACCGUCGCGGAACAGAGCGGAGACGCGCUCGCGAGAGAGACGGCAGAGGCCGACGAAGGCGACGAAGAUGACGCGAGAGAAAGGAGCAGGGACGGCGGAGAAGGAAGCCGCGUUCCGGCGCAGGUGCCAGCGAAGGCACGCGAGACGCUGGAGAAGCUCGGGCGCCUCGCAGGUCCAGAGGAGCUGUAA